AUGCCACCGUCACGGACGACGUCUUCCAGCCCGGCACCACCUGCCGACAGGCUGGUCGUGCCCUUGCAAAGCGUGAUUCUCAACGGCAAGGAUCCGAGGGCUGAAAUGGACGGCGUGGCUGAGCUAGUCAUCAAGGGCGAAAGACAAAUAAUUCCCGGUGUCUCGUGGACAGAAAAUCGCUCUGGGGUCUACCCGACGACGCAAAUCAUGACGAUACUAUGCGGGAAUCACACACUUGAGAUGAUCGACUUGGGACGCUUUGCCCAGGAGUCGUCCAAGGAUGUUCUUUUCUGGCGCGUAGACCAGGGCUUCAUAGAUCUGACCUUUGAGUACCCACUGAGCGGAAGCCGCAGAGCGUCUGUGGGGGAAGUGUCGUCAGCCCAGGGGUCGAGUUCUCAGCCCGCAAGCACUCACCAAAGACUGCGGCUCAUUUUUGCGAGCCACGAUGGCUUCGCGAAGACCUGCAGUGCUCUUGAGGCGCUUGGCAUUCUCCGUCCAGCCUUUCGCAUCCAACGGCCGCGCACCUCGCAGCUUCCAGCAGCCCCUAGUCGACCUCGCAGCGGCCAAGUCUCCCGCUCGGCCUCCGCCCUCGCAAUGGCAUCGCCCUCGCACCGAUCCUCACCCUCUCGGUCUGAGAAGUCAUUCAGCAGCUCUCCUCACCCAAGUAGCCAGUUUUCCAGGAUUCCUCUCGUCGGCAGAGAGCAGGGACUUCGGGCUCGGUCAAUUUCUCAGAUGCCACCUCCUGCUAGCAGGCCUGCAUCUCCGAUGGACUCUCAGCAGAAUAGCUCUCCUCUACCUACCCGAAGUCCCUACUUUCAGGCCCGUCCAGCCUCCCACGCCAGCCCAUCCCGACCCGAUGGUAACAUCACAAAUUCGGCCCCGGGCCGCCCUAGGUUUGAGGGUGUACCCUCUCCUUACCGGUUCAAUCCAAGAAGGAAUCUAGCCCAAUCGCAUUUCCGGGCCACAGGAUCGCAACUAGAACAGCAAGGCAUACACAAAUCGCCCAGGAGGGUGGUUCGGGGUGCCAUACCAUUAUCCUUGCAGGCUAGCAUUGAAAAGGGUCUGCCGUCGUUGUCCCCCCUAAGACCUGUCGCCAGGACCACGCCAUCGAAUGAAACUCCAGUGCAAUGGGCGGAUGCCAUCCCCUCCACUGACUAUCAGGUGCAAGCUACUUCGGCACCUCUUGAUAUUCGGGGCGAGGCGAGGACAGCGGACGCGGCUACGAGCACAUUCCAGCCGCCGGUUCGAACCCAACCUUUCUUCUCUUCAACGUCUCGACUUUGGACAUUCUUCUUGGAGAAAUCUGAUGCGGCUAUGAAAGCCGCCGAGAACUCGGAGGAGGCGAAAUCUCAAAUCAUUUACGAAUGUGGCCACGAGUUUGCCCUUGCUUUCAAUACUCUCUGCGGGAGCACCAACAUUGGAUCCUGA